GUUCUUUUACCCCCUUCCACGGAAGACUUUUGUAGGCUAACGUGGUUUGACAACACUCUUUAUAAACUUUGUUUUAGGCUUUUUCCUUUUUGAAUGUGCGAUCCGAUGUCUUCGUCCACAGAGACGAGAAAUGGAGAUCAAGCGGUGGUUGAGCUAAUCGUUUGUGACGCAUCACCAUCAUCAAUCGAUGCUGAGGUUACAGCCUCAGAGGAAAUUACUCCUCUCUUGAUUCAAUCUGAAAAGCCCAAGAUCAAUAUCUUCUCAGUCUCUUAUUCUCGAAGAAAGCCUCGGCAGGAGCAUGUGAUAGAAACAGAGACAUUACCACUAACUCAUUUCUUAUUGUGGGUGUGGAAUGGAUCUAGAUACUCGGGAUUAAUAUGUAUGGUCUUAUCGUCAACUAUCUACUUUUCCAUGGAAUUGAUUUCUGAUAAUUUUGCUGUUCAGUCUAUUCCCUUGUUUGAGAUUGCAUUUACAAGAUGCACAAUAAUCAUGAUAUUAUCUUAUUUAUGGUUAAGAAGAAGUGGACAACCAAUAUUUGGGCCACCAAAUGCUAGGAAUUUUGUGAUUUCAAGAGCCCUCACAGGAUAUCUCUCCUUGUUCUGUUUUAUCUUUUGCAUUCAGAGGUUGCCUUUGUCUCAGGCUGUUGUAUUAAACUUUACUACUCCAGUUAUGGCUUCAAUUAUGGCUAGAAUUGUUUUGCGUGAGAACUUGAAAAUUUCUGACAUUGGAGGUCUUGCUUGCAGUUUCUUCGGUGUGCUCUUCAUUUUUCAACAUAUGCUUACUACACAAGGAGGGUUAGUUAAAGAUGGGGAAGCAAGUAAUUCUAAUGUUAGGGAAAGCCACAUAUUUGCCAUUUUUGUUGGAUUGAUUUCAUCAAUAACUGGUGGCAUUAACUUCUGCCUUAUAAAAGCUGGAGCAAGGGCAUCAGAUCAACCCGUGGUCACUCUAUUCGCAUUUGGCUUACUGGCCAGCCCUGCUGCUGCAAUAUGUGCAUUCUUCUUUGAGAAACUUGUGCUGCCAAGUCUUUAUUCUUUUCUCCUGAUGCUGGUACUCGGUGUUCUGGCCUUCUUGGCAGAGGUACUUUUGGCACGUGGACUUCAGCUAGAAAAAACUGGCAAAGUUGUGAAUCUCCAGUACAUUGAGCUUGCCCUAACCCAGUUAUCGGCCAUUGGAUCGUUAAAGAUAGCACCAUCUUUUGGGCAACUCCUCGGUUGUUUUCUUAUCUUUCUUUCUGUGUCUUAUACCGUGUAUAUUGGUCCUGAUAAAGAGAUGAAUGAAAUGGCUUAGUAUUUGGUGUUGAAAGGCAUGUAUCAUCCUAUUCCAUAUGUAAUCAACUUUCUAUUUUUUUUCUUUUUCACAAAUUCAAAAUUUUAUAGAAUAUUUUGUGCAUUUUCA